AUGACUUCUUGUUUAACUUGUAUUGACCAUUUCACAUCUUGGAUGGAAGUCAUACCACUUGACGAUAUUUCAGCUGAAAAAGUGGCAAGAGCCUUAUACCAGCACUGGAUUGCAAGAUUUGGUGUACCAUCACCAGGAAUGAAAAUUCAGCACACAACGCCGUAUCAUCCUAAAUGCAAUGGUAAAAUUGAGCGACUACACACAACUCUGAAGUCUGCAAUCAAGGCCCAUAACAGUUCUAAUUGCACAGAAAUUCUGCAUACUGUUCUAUUGGGGUUGCGCACUACAGUGCGAGAAACAUCGAACCAUUCCACUGCACAGAUAGUAUAUGGAAAAACUAUAAGACUUCCUGGUGAAUUAUUUGCAGAGCCCACCACAAAGGUUGACCUUGAUUCAUUUACAUCUAAUUUGAAAAAGCAAAUGCUUCAUCUGAAACUUAGUAGGCCUACACAAAGCAAAUCAAAAUGA